AUGGUACGCUUCAAGAACCGCUGGCUCCUCCUUUCUCUCGACACGCGCUCCAGCACCGCCUCCGCCGCCGCGGCGCACCCGUCGCUGACGCCCCAGAGCGUGACCAAGCUGCUGCGCGCCUCGCUCUCGACAAACUUUGGCGACGCAGCCUCGGGCGCGCUCGGCGGAUCGCUCGUGUGCAAGUACUACUCGACCCACACGGGCACCGCCAUCGUCCGCUGCGCCCGCGAAGGCGCAAAGGUCGUCUGGGCCGCCGCCACCCUCGUCUCGUCGACCCACCCCGAUGGCGGGCCCGGCGGCACCCCGCUCCGGGUACGCGUCACGCACCUCGGCGGCACCAUCAAGAAGCUGCAGAAGAGGGCGAUGGAGCUCGACAAGAUCCGUAUCCUCCAGCUCAAGGGUCAGCGCUCGUCUUCCAAGUCCAAUUCGGCCAGCGGCGGCGGCGGCGGCGGCGGCGACAACGACCAGACGACAAAGCUCCUCGAGGCCAGCGCAAAGGCCAUCAGCGCUGUAUCCUGA